GAAGCGUCUAAAUACGAGGAAGCUACAAGUAACCGCCAGUGCCUUGACACAGAUUAGCAUUUUGUCAUAUGUCGGGAACCGUCAAAAACAUUAACUAGGUGGGAGACGUUUAGCUUAAACGGCUAAAUACACUCAAGUACAAGGUCAGCGACGGUAAACGAGUGAUCUGACCGUCACAGCGUUGCGUUAAAUAAUUAGCAAGAACUUGUUGUCUCCGCCAUGUUGAGACUGAACUUCAGGAGGGAGAAGGGCAAAGACUAUAAACACAUAGCACAUGGCUUGAUCCCCGCUGCCUCCAUUGCCCCCAAAGCUGCCGUGCCUCGUACCCCACCCCCUCGCAGCCCAAACCCCUCACCUGAGAGACCCAGAUCAGCCUUAGCGGCAGCCAUCUUGUCUUCAUCGCUCACCGGACAGACUUGGGCACUCCCUCCGGCCCGUCCCAGGUCAUUCUCGGAGGCCGAGCAAACCGAGUCCUUCGUUUCUGAGCCAAACAUCAGCACCACACUUUUCACAUGUGAUCGAUGGUCCGAAGGCUACGUUGCUCGCCCACGUCUGUCCUCCCCUGACCACUCUGAGGAGGAGGAGCUACAGGACCAGGAGGAGGAGCACAUUUACCAAACCCUGGACGGGCAGCAGAGCGGUUCAGCCGCACAACCCGUCUAUGCUCUGGCGCUAAAACACUCGACGAGUACUCCCCAGGCGAGCACGACGUUAUCCGGCAGGGAAUCUUCUCCAGAAUUCCCGCAUCAAACGAGUGCUGAGCUCCGUAAAGCCGGCAGCGUUUCCUUAAAGAAGAGCAACUCCAGAAGCCACAGAGAAGAUGUGCCAUCCAUCAGCCAAUCCAGUCGAGCCAAAAGAGAGCCAAAGACACCCAACCUGCCAACCUCUGACCCCAGCAAGGCUGACAUUUUUUGUGGGAGGGAUACUGUGAAGGCCCUGAAGGAGGAAAAAGCCAAGUUAGAGAAGAUGCAACACAUGGAGCAGGAAGUUUGUCGUAGCCGAGCAUCGAGGUCGACGACAGGUACCGUACAUAGCCUGCAGGCAGAGCUGCAGACUUUGAGGCAACAGGCUCAGGAGCUGGUAGACGAAAACGACACCCUCAAGCGUACGGUACAUCGCCUGAAUGUGGAGCUGAGCUGCUACCAAACACGCUUCAGAGGCCUCUCCAAGCAGGAGGUGGACACCAAGCAUUUAUCUCCCCUAAUGUUGGCCUAUGAAGACAGGCUGAAUGAGAAAGAUGCGCUGCUGAAGACCACAGAGGAGGAGGUGGAGAGGUUACGGGUGCACUUGGAGGAAGUGGUGAACGAAAAUGAGAGGCUUCACGAUGAAACUGCCAAGACUGGUGGGAUCAGCCAGGAGGACUGCCACCAAGUGCAGCGGCAGGCGUUGCUGGUUCUGCAGGAGAAUCAGCUUCUGAGCGAACAGCUGGAGGUGCUGCACAUUCAAACCAAGGCCGACCACAGCAAACACCUCUCUGAAGUGUCCAAAGUGUCUAAGCAGCUGAUGCUGCUCGAGGCAGAAAACCAGCGCUUGCAGGACGACCUGGACGAGAGCAGGGGGGAGGCUCACAAAAACAAGAGGCAGGUGCUCAGUCUGCAAGGCCGCCUCAAGGAUGCCGUCACCUGGGAGGAACACUGCAACAUUGCUGGGACACUCAGGAGGCAGCUGGAGCAGGAGCAGAGCAGGAACAAGAGCGAGAUGGACGAGGUGAACGUUCGUACAUCCAGCCUGCAGGAGCACAACCGCAGUCUUCUCGUGGACAAAGCCAAGCUGACUACUGAUGUGCAGAGAAUGGAGGCAGAGCUGGAGCUGAGCAGACAAGCCAACUGGAAGGCGGAGAGGAACCUGUACGUACUGAAGCAGCAGAAGGAUGAGUGUGUGCUGAAAGAGGGGAAGACGAGGAACUACCUGGAAGCUGUCCUUUCCGUGGCCAAUCACAUCUCCCAGGAGAGAGACCAGCUUCUCCACAUGGCUUCGACGCUUCAGCAGGAAAAGCAGGGAUUCAUCGGAAAGAUUCUCAAUGGCACUGUUCGAUUCGGAAAACUAGAAGAGCGUGUGAAGAUAAGCGGCAAAGACAGAGGCUUGUCUCUGGGGACUCAACAGCUGCUUAAAGUGCGUGCCCCCAGGAAGUGCGAGAGUCCUUUAAACAUCAGACCCCAUCAAAUAACGAAAUUGAAUUAGUUACAGUUUUUUAUUGACCGAACAAGAAACCUGGAAUGUAUAUGAAUAAAGGAUGGUGAUGUACAGGGUCAGGCAAAAUGAUCUGACACAUUUGUAGGUUAAAUAAAAGGCAAAUAAAGUUUUUAUUUUGGAAAAGUACAUAUAAUGCCAUUCUGUUUCAUUGUGUUUUCAAAAUGAAAUCAGUCAAAUGGGAUCCAUUAUUGUCCACAACCUCAAUGCAGAUCCAGUAGCUGUGAAGUUGGUGACCGUAACAAGAUGGUGUUUCCAGCUGGUACUGGGGAUCAUGUCUACCAGGAUUGAAGUGCAAACGGAACGCUCGUUGUGUUGCAGUUACAGAUUCGUUUGUUUUGAUAAACGUUUCCACAAUAAAAGCGCAAUGCUCACCAGUCCAAUUCAUGGCAGCAACUGAAAAAGAAAGGAAAAACAAUGGCAUUAGAAAGAAACAAAGCAAAAUGGCAUUAUAUGAAAAAAUGGCAUUAUAUGUACUUUUCAAAAAUAAAAACACUUUGUUGUUUCUUUACUUUAUUUGCCUUUUAUUUAACCUACAAAUGUGUCACAUCAUUUUGCCUGACCCUGUACAAUAUGAACUAUGGACGAUACAACAUUGACUAAUAAAGAUAUGUGAACGUCCCUCAGUGGUUAGGUUAAGUUGUGUGGCACAUGUUUGUUGACGUGGGUGAGGUGGUUGAGGAUGGCUGCAUGUGAAAAGCUACUUCAACUAUCACAGGGUCAUCUCAGAUGACUGACUGACUACUUGCAACACACGUUUCCAGCUUGGACGUUAAAAGUUCCAAUUAAAUACUUAGGAAGCAACUGGCAGGUUGGAUUCAAACGCUUGGCAGGUCGGGUAUGGCCCCUGGGCCGUAGUUUGCCCACCCCUGGCUUAGAUGAUUAAAAUUUGAGUUACAUUUGAUUGUAUUUGUGAUAUUUUCUUUAACAUGUUGCUUAAAGGCAUAUUAGUGGCCGCGCUCGACCUCCAGCGUCUCUCACAUGGUAGGAACCAUAUGACGCACUAUUUUACUGGUUUGGAAUCCCUGACUUGUUUUUAUACUGUAGUAUACCUUGAAACUGCAAUCUUGGCAAAACAAAACUAUGUUAUGUCUUUAAUUUCUCCCAAUAUACAGCGAAACAUGUGAUGAGCAGUGCAUGUACCGUAUCAUGUACACCCCUAACUUUGUAUUGGAUGUGGAGGGAAAUGGCAAAUUGCUUAAUGGAGGUUUGCUCCAUCGUCAUUAGAAGUCGGUGCCUCUUUCUCGGCCCUGAGUGGACAAUAAUGAGCGGACAGGACACCACACUCUAAUCUCUAAUUCUUGGACGCAGAGUGCUCCCAUCUGCACAUAAAUCAUCCGAUUCCCUGGAAGACAACAGAGGGGAUUUGCCAAGUGAUCUGCUUUCCUUUUUUGUGGAGCUCAUUUCACAGUGAGACGAUGUGCACUCCACCACUGAUCAGCUCUCAAAGUAAAAAUGUACAUUUCAAGUUUGACGUUGUCAUUUGACACAAAGCCAAGAGUCUUUUUGGGGCUAACCAGCCGCACUCUUUCAGUUUGAUGCAUGGUCUCAUGUACGGGAAUGUCAUAUGUCAUGUCUGCCCUGGUGAUGACAUUAUUUCUUAUGUUCUUAUUCUUUCAUUUGUUUUAUUUCUUUUCUUGGGAGAAUGACCAGAAUAAGAUUUUCAUUGCAUGGUAUAACUGCUGUUUUACUAUGCACAUGACAAUAAAACUCUCUUGUAUCUCUUGUAUCUUGUAUCUCUCUUGUAUUCAUGUGUCAUCAACAUCGAGGCGCUCAUCUCCUUAAACAACAGAACAUGUUGAAUACUUCAGUGUGUGUGUGUGUGUGUGUGUGUGUGUGUGUGUGUGUGUAAAUAUGGCCUCGCCAACGUGAGCUUAACGUCACCUUGAUGGACGUUCUUUGCCCUUCUUUGCCGAACCAACGUACCUCGCCAUUAAGUUGGAUAGGGUACUCACUUUUCCCCGACACCUGGAGUUUUGGGCUUUUGAGAUGACUGGCUGGAUGGAGCGGGGGUGCUGGCAGCAUGACCCUCCGCACAGCUACCCUUGCUUUGGUCCACUGCGCCGCUGAGUACUGCGCACCCGCUUGGUGUCGUAGUGCUCGCACUCGUCAAACAGACAAGCCAAUUAAUGCUUAGUGACUGGAUGCCUGCGUCCCACACCAACGGCCAAUCUGUACGUAUUAGCAGGGAUCCAACCAUCUGGGCAUGGACACAAGAGAGCCACACUGUUAGUAGCAUGCAGAGCACUGGAGCCCAGGCAUCUUCUGCACAACCGCCUCCUGUCUCCUUUUGGAGGACGUCGGCAGCUUAAAUCGAGACAGCCAUUUGCCCCUGCUGCACCGGAAUCGCUAAAUGACCUUAAUCGGUCAAGCACCAAUGCAGCACAUCGGGCGGACUACAAAUGGAACAUGGAGUAGCAAGAAAGUUCCAUGCUUUCAUUGCUGAUGUCAGUCCAACACCACCAACUGCCUUCGAACCGGCGUUGGGCUCUUCCCCUCAUCCAUGUACAGAUGGGAAUGGAUGGGGUGGAGGAGCAGACUGCAGACCACGUGAUAACAUCCUGCCCUAUUUAUCGUCACGCCAGCAGGGCUCGUGGUUGGACAUCUGUGGACGAGAACUUGGUCAGCUGGCUGACAGAUAAAUGCUCAUCUAUCGAACAGGUUUGCCUCCUUUGCCUCAGCCUCUACUCCACAUGAAGAAGAAUAAUAUGGCCCCCAUGCUCACACUGAUGUCGGUGGAACUUGGAUUUAGUUUGCAUUUGUCUUCCAAUGUGAGGAAGCGUAUCCGUGCUUUAAAAACCCCAUCAUGACUUGAGAGCAAACGUAUGGAAUCUGUGGCUCCACUUAGAAAGCAUAAAUAAAGCCAAUCAAUGCCACACCACUUAGCGAGUGAGACAUGAUUAUUGCAGGAGCCAAGACGCUGCUUCAUCUUGAGGAAGCAUUGUGGUGUGGGACGCAUUAGUGGAACAUUUGUCACUUGUUUACAUCCGGGCUUCCCUGUCUGUUGCUUGUCCUUUGAUGGCUUUGGUAACAGCGUGGUUCGACCUGCAUGAGUGACAGGCGCAGCGUGUGUUCAUGGGCCACUUCAUCAUUUUUAUUCAUACCGGGACGAGAUCCCGAAGCCCACUUUUAUGCCACUCACCACCUCAUGUUGCAGCGUGAAAAUGCACAGCCCCAUGUUGAUUAUGCAAUAUGCUGUACUUUAUUUGAGGCAAAUUGCGGUCACACACCAGAUACUGAUUGGUUUUUGGACCCCCUGGACUCUUUCACAUACAGUUAACGGCACAUUUUGGAGUGGUCUUUUAUUGUGGCCAGCCUGAGGCAAUGAUUGUGCUGUCUAUUCAGAAUUACGAAUGCUCACAAACACAGACAGAUAUGUGAACAAUAUCUGAGAUAGGCCUUUGGUGUUCUUAGAAAAUGUUUUACAUCUUUGAGUUGGGGGUAAAAACAAAAGCGUGUGUUUAUAUUUUUGUUGAGUGCCGUUUUAACAUUUCAACUUUUCUUGUGUUUGCUGGGUGUUUUUAGUUUUCUUGUUAAUACGGUAAUCCCAUGUUUCUUUUGGUGAAUUGGUUCCAGACUCCACCGUGAUGGGUGAAUAUUCACCAAGUGGAAUGCAUAGAAAUAGAAAUAGAAAACGACCUUCUAAAUACGGAUUUGAACAUUAUUAGAGCCCUCUAGACAU